AUGCUGCGUUCCUUAUCGUUAUCUUCACAGCCUAUUAAAGGAGAAGAUCAGCGUAGCGUCGUGAUGGACUUCAAGUAUAUUUUCUCCGUUCCUCUUACCAAGCAGAUGACAAGGACCGAAAAGUUUGUUCAGCGGUCUUGUCUUAUGUUUUACUGCUUAGGAGGAGCAACAUUUCUCCUAUCACCGAAGAUUGUGGGCAUCGUUUUCACGCUGGACUUGGUGGGCCACUCUGAUGGCUACCUCCGCUUACUAGGGCUCGCAGUGAUCGAAAUUGGCUUCAUCUUUAUCAUUUCAGCGCGCUCAUAUUGCAGAGGGUCUCGCUAUGCGACCAUUCUGACCUCAGUGGUCGACCGUCUGGUUUGGGCAAAUUUCAUAUCGUUAAUGUUGGUCGAGAAAGGCUUGCUCCCGUUUAGACUCUCCUUGUUUUGGAUGGUACCCAAUUCCAUAUUUGCAUUGGCCAUAGUGGUUAUUUGGAGCCAGGAGACGAAGGAUGCCUCUGUAAGCAAGUUUUUACAAGAAGUCACCUUGGACAUAAAACGGUUUGAAAUGGCUAAGACUGAAGGGCUGGUUGCUACUGUUUUUGUUCUGGGAGUCGUUCAAUUCUGUUUCUGGUCGCUUUUAGUUAUAAGGCCUGAUUUUGCUGCGAUAAUAUUCCAGCUAGAUAAAUUCAGUGGGUUUUCGCAAGGGUUUCUGGCUUCGUAUUUCUUUGUGAGAUCAGCCCAUGGAUUGCACUACAUGAUUGCUGCAAGCAAUGGGAACCUGCGUGUUGUCUCUGCCUUUGUUUGUAGCCGAAUCCUUUUAAAUGUUCCGACGUUUUUUUGCUUGCUUGUUUUUGAUCAGAUUGAGAAAAAUUUGUUCAUUGCAUUGUUGAGUCUUGAGCUUUUGAUUUCAACAAUCCUUCUCACCAUCAUUAUGCGAGCAGAGCCUUUUAAGGCAGACCACAAAAUAGAAUAGAUCUAGUCACUGCCCCUUGAUUUUCUCUUCAGUGUCGUUGUCCGCGCGAAGCUUGGGUCCAAAUAGGCGAGUAGCUCUCAGCUCUCGGUGACAUCACAGCCUACAAUAAGGCCCAGUUUCUACCGCAAAGAGAACACGACGGACUGGCUGCAUCUAUUAAUUGCCAGUUACAUUUCAUUUUUAUAAAGAAAGCAGUACUUCGGGUAAGGAAAAAAGGUAAAUUAACUCGGACGGGCGGAAAAGAAAAAAAAAUCGUUAUUGUCAACUAAAUUCAGGAGAGACUUUCUCAAGUAGAAAUCUGAAAUUCUGAGUACAAAUAAUCGGUAACUUUCGUUGAAUUUGUUUGUAGUAACAAUACACGUAAAAUUACGUGUGUUCCUUUAGAAAAGUUGUGCCCUCUGAAGUAUUUUCCCUUAAGUGUUGCCUUUGGCAACCGUCGUUUUGGUGCGACUUGUUAGCAAGUGAUUAUUUUGUAUUUUAAACAUUAUCCAGCAUUUACAUGUACACGAAAGUGCUGUAAUUUAGUACAUUGCCUGUGAUUUUGUGAUGAUAAAUAUAGCUAAUAAUUUAGUCUAAAAUUGAAUUUCUAAACUGGUAAUAUUCAUUUACACGUUUGAUCAGUCUGUUAACUUGCGAUAGCUUGCGAGGAUUUUCAGGUAGAAGUCCUCUUCUUUAUCAAUAUGAAUUAUCUCUGUGUCAAGAAAGGAAAA